AUGCCUUCUGAGAAAGCCCUUGUUCCUUCGAACGCCUCGGUCGCCGAUGAGCUAGAGGCUUUGAACGCGAUCUAUGAACCGCACACUUUGGAUUUCCAAGGUGAAACAUCGACAGAGGCAACUGUGGUUCUGCGACUCCCCGACCUGCCAUUUUCGUUUUCGCUCAGCUUCCCACCAGAAUAUCCCGAUGUACCACCGGUCGUUACGGGAACUCAGUCCACGGGAAUCAGCGGCAAAGGAGAGGGAGAGGCGGCCGUGAGCAUUUUACGCGAUCUGCUUGGAACGCUGUGGACUCCUGGACAGGUGUGCCUGUUCGACUUGGUAGAGGAAGCCACACCGAUCCUCCAACAGCAUCGCGCUCAAAAUCGCCAUGGCGCGGCUGAAGCUCACACCUCAGAUGCUGCGCGCAGGUCGGCGACUUCCACACAUGAUGAGCCGGAAACCUUUGACCUGACGAUGGCUGCAGCAUCCACAAUGCCCCCUCCGACUUGGAUAUUAUCCGAACCUAUGACCGUGAGCAAGUCCACGUUCAUCGCCCGUGCCUGCCAGGUAUCGUCGCUAGAUGAAGCGCAGGAGUCUAUUUCACAUCUUUUCUCGACCAACAAGAAGGUUGCAACGGCAACGCAUAACAUUCAAGCAUGGAGGAUACAAUCAACAAAUAGUCAGACGGGUAAUGUCACAACAAUCCAAGAUAGCGACGACGACGGAGAGACAGCCGCCGGUGGAAGACUCCUACACCUGAUGCAGCUGAUGGAUGUAUGGAACGUGGUGGUCGUUGUUACAAGGUGGUACGGGGGUGUGAAAUUGGGGCCUGAUCGAUUCCGACUGAUCAAUAUGGCCGCAAGAGAAGCCCUGAGCAAAGGUGGAUUUGUUAAAGAGGAGUCUGAGAGGGCAAAGGGCAAGGGUAAAGGUAAGAAGUGA